AUGUCUCCUUUUAUAGCAAAAAGUCUCGAGUCUAUUUUAUCUAUCAUUGCAAGAAUUUUCUCCUUCCGACGCCUUCAUGAGUCUAAUCCAAGACCUACCACACAUAUCAGCUACUUCAGGAUGUCUAAGAGACGCCCACUCUCUUUGCAGACGGUUGAUCUCAAGGUCAGGAUGUGUUGCACUGGUUGCGUCAGGAUUGUUAGGAACGCAAUCUCAAAAAUCCGAGGUGUUGAUUCAGUAGAGGUGGAGAGAGAGAUGGGAAGAGUGAGAGUGGUGGGAUACGUCGACAGAAACAAAGUGCUCAAAGCCGUGAGACGAGCCGGGAAGAGAGCUGAGUUUUGGCCAUACCCUGAGCCUCCACUUUACUUCACAUCUACUCAAAACUAUUUCGUAGAUCCUUCAAAAGAAUUCAGAGAGAGUUAUAACUAUUACAGACAUGGCUACAAUGGUACGGAACAACAUGGUAAUAUCCCCGUAGGUUCUCGUGGAGACGAUAGGGUUAGUAAUAUGUUUAAUGAUGAUAACGUCAAUGCAUGCCGUCUCAUGUAA